UGGCAGAGCGGAUGCAAUGCUUCAUAGGGCCCCUAACAUUUCUGUGGUAAGGUCGAAUCCAAACUGAUGUUUUCAUCAAAUGAUACAGCCUCCUGGCUACAAAAAUUUCCUGUAGAUGAAAGAGAAAACAAAAUAAUGAAUGCAAUGAAAUUGGGAAAAAAGUGAGGCUAGAGGAGCAAAAACAAAAGUAAAUGGUUGUAAAGUUAGUACAGGAGAGGAACAAAAUGAGAAGAAAGGAACUCACAGAAAAGGAAACAAAACAGAGAGACAAACUUGAGACUAGCUCCUUUAAAAAAAGUUCUGUAUGGUGUACUAUGGAUCUGUAAAAAUAUUUUAAAAUUAUGUAAAGUUUCAAGGAUUGAGCAUGCAUAGGAAAUCACGUAAAGGCAAGGAUAUCAAGUCACGAAUAAAAACAAAAAAUGAGGGGGGGGGGAAUGGGAAUUACAUCACCCCCCCCCCCACCCCGCCUCUCCAAAAAAAAAAAAAAAACGACUUUAAUAACUUGUCAAAACUCUAUCUAGUAUCAGCUUAUGUUAUUAUCCUUUUUAAUGUUAUUGUUAGGGAUCGAGAGACAGGAUGAACGCGGGGGGGGGGUGCAUUUUUCGGAUUCAUACUUUCAGGCAUCAGUGUACUGAAGGGGAACAUUUAACAUAGGACUACAAAAAAUUGCGGUGGACAGACAAGAAACAAGAAAUGAUGAUUAAAAUGAAAGAAAAAAUUCUCGAUCUCAAAACAACUUGAAAAAAGAAAGAUGCAAAACCAAAUGUUAUCAACUCACUUACAUAUUAUAUUUGAAAUCCAUCCCAAUGGUCUUCCAUGUCGUAAUUGUGCACUGUAAUUCAGAUAAUCAAGUUAAAACAUGUGAAAUUAACUUCAAGUCUCAAAUCAAUCGUCUUGCACACUGUGCCUUGCAAAACAACAAAAUACUCCGAUAUAUGCGUAUCAUGAACGCACAUGCAUAUUUAUGAGCGCCGCGAAAAUGACCAAUCUCAUUCACAAAUGAUGCGCACUUACGCUUCGUCACCAUGCCGCGAGAAGCGUUUAUGCGCGAUGUAAAAUCUCCGCCCCGAAUUGGCAAUCCCCGAAUGCGCAUGCGCGGUGGUGAUUGAUACUCGAUGGUCGACAAUUCGUUCGGAAUGGAUAAUACUUAGAAAUCAUUUCUUAAAAAAAUCAUAACUUGAGUUAUUCUUCAUCAUAUGUCUUAAUCAAUGCAUCAUCGUAAUGGGUGACACAUUUUCUUUAUGUUGAGGUAAGUUUCAACAGAUUUGGAUGAAGAUUUGAAUUAUCAGUGGCGUACCUAGCUUAGACAGGAAUAACUGUCGUUUCUGGGGAUUUAUUCAACAAUUUCUGACAUUUUACUAUAAUCCCCAUUCACCGACGGUAGUGUGUUAGUGCGAGCCUGCAUGUGUAAUCUGGUCAGCAAUUCGGAGGACGGGUUUUGUCCAGAUUUUAAUUUCUUUUAGAUUCUAAAUGACAUAUUAUCUUGAACGAAGGCCCACUAUUUUCGUUAGACUCUAAUCUUUCUAUUGAUACUAUGUAAGUUCUAUAAAAAAUCGAAAAAUAUACGUUACCGAUGAGUUAUUUCCCGGGUUAUUCCUUAUUCUUUAAAUUUUCUGGCGGAGAGAAAAAAAUGGCAGCCGUCAACGAGUUGUGCUUUUAUCAAGGCUUUCCGAUUAAAUUUUCGAUAUCCCCAUUCCUGGCCAAUCAAUGCGAGUGACAAGUUCCGAACGCACGCACAUCUACAAGCGCAAAGCAGCGGCACAAAUCGCGAUAUAUAGCGACUGGUAAAUACGUCUGUAAGGAUGAUGACGUCAUCCAAGAUGGCAACUUACGUUGACCAACGAAAGGAUCGAAGAUGACGAUGUUUCGAUCAUCAUUUGAAAGAAAUUAGCGGUAACUGCGGUCUAAGGUACGAUAUUUCUGAAUUUUAAACAUUUUUUCGUAAAUAUGGAUGUGAUUUCUCUUUCGUAAUGUGACAUUUUAUGUACAAAAAAUGAUCGGAAAAUUGGGUUUCCGCCGAAUGUAAGAUCUAACGUUACUGCUAAUACGUUGUCUGUACGUACGGGCCUCCAAGCUCUUCAGUCUAUGUAUUAGUGAGUGAGCCAACGCAGUUCAGCGGAACAACCAAAAUACAGAGACUAAAGCUUUUGGUCUAUGCCUGGCUAUGCUCUUCAAAGUCAAACACAGUAAUUUAGUAUCAAUGUGAGGGGAUGAGAAAUAACCCUUUCUUUAUAAUGCAAAUUAGUCAGGUACAAAAGGAAUGUAGCUAAAGAGGAGCGAUAUGCUCCAGUGGACAAAAGGAAUGUAGCUAAAGAGGAGCGAUAUGCUCCAGUGGACAUACACUCACUGCAUGCAGGAAAAAGCUCAAACAUGCAGUGAGCAGAUGAGACUGGCUGUAGCUGCAUGUGCCUACAUGAAGCGGUAAUCGAUGUCUCAUCCUGAUAUUCUUGAUGUAUAUAGUUGAUUUUGGACACCUUAAUAUCAACUGAAGUGACCUCAGUCAAGGGCCUUCUACCCUCUUUUGUUUGAUUUGAACAUGAUGAAAUAAAGAUUGGCCUCAUACCCAAUAGAACCGCAAAAACAACUGCUUCGUCUGAUUUAUGAAUUUCAACCCGUAUCCUCACAUUUGGUAGUACGGAUGGGGUGCGGUUUCUCUUCAGAUAACUGAGAACUAUUGGCUUGGCCAGGUGUGUAACGAUCAAGGAGUAAAAGACAAAAGAGGGUAGGAAGAUGACGACCAUGGAAGAGAUGAGGGAGGAGCUGGAAAAGCUGUCAUUGGAGCUGAAAAGUAGGGAAGUGUAUUUCCCGCCCAAGGAAAAGAAAAUCAGGCCCUUUAGUGGCACUGAAAACAUGCUGGUCUCAGAUUUUGUGGAGGACAUUAAGGCAGGAAUUAAACUUCGAAAGCUGACGGGUGAGAGUGCUAUUGACUACGUGCUAGCUCACCUGGAAGGAUCUGCAAGGCAGGAGGUGCAACAUCGCCCAGAUAGAGAAAAGAAGGAUGCUGAUUCAAUAAUGAACAUCUUAUUGGAAGCCUUUGGGGACAAGCUGAAUGCUAGUCAACUAAUGCGGCAGAUAUAUAACCGAGUACAAAAUGAAGAUGAGUCUGUGGCACAGUACGCAUAUGCCUUACUUGCAUUGGCGACUCGAUUGCAACGCAAACCAGGAGCUCCGGAGUCGAAGAAUAUCAUCAAAGAACAGUUUAAAGAUGGGUUGAGUGACCCAGUACUCAGGAGGGAAGUGAAGCGGUUGUUUAAAGAAAAGCCAGAAUUGUCUUUUCUAGAGGCACGAGACUGGGCGGUGGAGAUGGAUGAGGAAGAACUUAAGGGCACCAACCCACGCAAAAAGAAAUGCACCACCUACCAGGCCGAAGCCACAGCCGAGAUGGGAAAGAUGGUAGAGGGGCUCACUGCAGCGAUCAAAGGCCAAACAGAGCUACUUGACAAGAUGAUAGUACAGCAGGGCAUUUUCAAUUCUCGUCUAAGUCAGUUAGAGGAGACGCAGGACAAUGCCAGGAGAUUCAGGAGACCUCCUCUAGACAAGAAUAAGAUUGAGUGCCAUCGAUGCCACCGCAUGGGUCAUUAUGCAAGGGAGUGUGAGAGUCCUCAUCCUGGGGGCAAUCCACGUACACAGAGGGCUGGACAGUCAAACAGUCGGCAACAGCAACAGGGAAACUGAAUACACCCAGGGCUGAGAGCCAAGCCCUGGGUGUCUCUUCAGAGUCAGAGAGUUUUGAAAGGGGCUCUGGAAAUGGAGAACGAAACAUGCUCAUUGGUAUUUGCCCCACAAGCAUCAUAUUUAUUAAUGGGGUGGAACUCACUAGUGUGGUAGACUGUGGGUCUCAAGUCACAACCAUCACUUCCAAUUGCUUCCAGCGAUCAUUUUCGCCGUCGACCCUAAAGAAAUUAAACUGGAUUUCUCUUAGUGCAGCAAAUGGGACAGAUAUUCCUUACUCUGGAUAUUUUGAGGCUGAUGUGACUAUUGCUGGCAUUACAGUUCCGAAAAGAGGUAUUCUAGUAACAAAUACAUCACAUAAACCAAAACAUCCCAUUUUGCUCGGAAUGAAUGUUCUGCAAGGUUUGCCAGGUGAGACCUUAGCAGCCGUAAUUGGAGCUGAUGCGUCAGUUGUCACAAGCAAGAGAUGGAUCGACAAGAAAAGUACUGUGGGCCUUGUUCGUGUUGCUGGAAGAGGGAAGGUGAGAGUCCCAGCUCGAUCAAUACAAGCCAUAGAGGUGACAGGACCCACUUGUCCUACCCAAACCGCGGUAAUUGUGGACCAAAUUGUGCAAACUCCGAAGGGAAUCAUCCUCAGUCCGACUCUGGCUCAUUCGUGUAGGGGGAGAAUAAUUGUACAAUUAUACAAUACCACAGAUGAGGACAUCUUUUUAAAUCCCAGAACUCCAAUUGGAUCUCUUCAA